AUGUCAUCCAUAGUAGUUGAGAUACCUCUCCAAGAAAUAUUAUUAGCAACUAACGAUUUUGCCGAGGAAAAUCGCAUUGCCUCUGGUGGAUACGGGCCGGUGUAUCAAGGCAAAUCUGAAAAGCAUGGAAUGAUCGCUGUGAAGCGGUUGGAUCCAAAGAACGGUCAAGGAGAUGCUGAAUUUAGAAGAGAGAUUGCCUUGCUUUCAGAAUAUAGACAUGAAAAUGUUGUCUCUCUUUUGGGAUUUUGUGAUGAGAAGGACGAAAAAAUACUUGCUUAUAAGCUUGAAAGCAAUGGGAGUCUUGACAAACAUUUAAGAAACAAAGAUCUAAGCUGGAUCCAACGUCUUCGAAUUUGCUUAGAUGUUGCCCGAGGGUUGAAGUACCUUCAUGAUGACGUUGGACCGCAACACAGAAUUCUCCACCGUGAUGUCAAAAGCGCAAACAUUCUCUUAGAUGAGAAUUGGAAUGCCAAGAUUUCUGAUUUUGGGUUGUCAAGAAUAGGGCCUGCAAAUAUGCAGACUACACUGCUUAUCUCCAACGCUUGUGGCACGUUUGGAUAUAUUGAUCCAGAGUAUGCGCUUACAGGCUGUCUCACACAAAAAUCCGACGUAUACUCUUUUGGCGUGGUAUUGUUUGAAGUACUAUGUGGAAGGCCCACGCGUAUUAAAGCUGACAAGGACGAGCACGAAUUUUUGACAGUUUUGGUCAAUAAACAUUACCCAAGGAAAACAUUAGACAAGAUCAUAUUUUUUGAUAUACAAAAUCAGAUAGAGCCAACUUCUCUACUUACAUUUUCAACCAUUGCGUAUCAAUGCUUGAAGAACGGAAUACGACGCCCAACGAUGAACAAGGUCGUGCAACAACUACAGAAAGCUCUUGAUAAUCAACUGGUAAGUUACACUACAAGAAAAACUACAUUAGACAGUUUUUCUUUUUGCGACAACAUGAUGUCGUCAUGA